UCCAAUAAUUUUCCAAUCGAAUAUCGAAUACCUAAAAGUUAUGUAAAACCCAUUCUAAACCCUCGCAAAAGAUUUCGCAAAGAUGGCUACUUUCGCUUCUAAACUCCGUCGCGCCGCCGUCUGUCUCGCCGGAGCUCGGCGAAAUUACCAUUCGACCCUCUUAUCCGCCGUGGACCACUCGCCAGCCUUCGUCGGCCGCCAGAGAUCUCCGGCACCGUCGUCUUCUCCUAUCUUUCGAUUUACCACAGCUUUGAAGGGAGCUUCCUCAGACGAUCUGCUUCUCCGAGUGCUCGAAUCGGAGAUCGAAUGUACCGAACAGACCGAUGAUUACGAUCGGGUUGACGAAACUCCAAGUGGGUUCCCUUUCCAAAUGGAAGACAAACCAGGAGGGCAAACCAUAACAUUGACAAGGGAAUACCAAGGAGAGAGUGUGAAAGUCGAAGUACACAUGUCUAAUCUUGUAACCGGUGUUAAUGAGGAUGAUGAGGAAGAGGAAUCGGAUGAUGACGAUGAGGGAGAAGAUGGUGAACGUCCUGAGAAACCGAGGCAAUCAAGUGUUCCUAUUUUUGUUACCUUUUCCAAGAAGACAGGACCCAGUUUGGAGUUCAGAUGCACUGCUCUUCCCGACAAGAUUUCAAUCAAGGACAUGUCGGUUAGAUAUCUUGACAACACUUCCAAGGACCAAUCAGCCUAUGAAGGUCCUUCCUUCCGGGAUUUCGACGAAAAGCUUAGAAAGGCGUUUCAUAGGUACAUCGAGAACAGAGGGAUAAAGCCAAGCAUGCUCAACUUCUUGCAUGAGUAUAUGAUCAAUAAAGACAGCCGAGAGUACUUGUUAUGGUUGAAGUCUCUAAAGAACUUCGUCCAGUCUUAGAAAGGCACAUUCUCAGACCCUGAUUGCGACUUAGAUCGAAAAAAGCUCACAGUUGUUCCAAAUUUUGUAUCCGAAUACACCAAUCUAAUGCAUUUCAUUGUCUUC